UGAAUUGCCAGUAUGCCAGCCCUAUCAACAUUCUCUUCCAACAAUCAGCUGUUUACUUUUUUAAAAAAAAUCCAGAGACACUCACCAUUACCUCUCUACCCGUCACUUCUGCUCCAAGUAACUGAGGGCAUCUAAGCAGGGGCAGGCGUGCUUCCCUAGCAGCUAGCACGCAUGCGCAAGUCUUCCCGCCAGCUAGAUCCUCUUAUACGACUGAGUGACGUCUAUGCGCCGCCUCCCUUUUGGCCGGGUUGAGCUUCCGCAGGUGGUGGCGCGCGAUCGCAGAAGGCAUUGAGGAUGUUUGUGCCGUUGCGGUGGCUCCGCGAGCUUCCUCGUCAUCUGCUGAUAUGCGAGAGAAGCCAUAUGCGGCACGAGCGGUCCCGCCACGCGGCUCACGUGCGGGACCACGCCUUCAAUUGCCGGGUGUCCUUUUUGAUCCCCGAUUGUGGAACAGUUCCAGAAGCACUAAAAAAUGCACUUGCAGAUGUUGGGCAGUACUACCUGGUGAAGAAUUUGCCGCUUCAUGAGUUAGUUGCACAAGAAUUUAUUAACACAUUUGUGAAGAAAGGUUCUUGUUAUGCUCUUACAUAUACAACGAGGAUUGACCAAGACAGUACAGCUGCUCUUCUACCAACAGGCAAAUUAAUUCUAUCAGUAGACAAGGAUACCUAUGAAGAGCUUGGACUGCAAGGCCGUCCUUCUCUAUAUUCUGGUAAAAAGCCCAUGCGAUACAUUAUUACUGUUGACUUGACUGAUUCAGCCUGUGGUCCUGAUAGUAAGAAAUACAACAGAGUGAUCUGGACCUUGAAAGAAAAAAAGGUGCUAGAGUUUGAUUUCUUGCUGGCUUGGCACCACACAGGAUCAGAAGAACCAUCAAGUUUGAUGUCAUACUUUUCCAAAAACCAAAUACAGGCAUAUCAGCCAAAAAUCACAUUCAACACAUUAAGAAAUGUGCAGUGUCCAGUUCUGGAGAAUAAUAAACUGCAAGGAGAGCCAGAAGCAGCAUGCAGUGCACAGGAAUUCUUUGAAUGGCUGGGUGCCAUUUUCACUCAUGUUGGCUUAGAAAACACGUCCUCUAGUUUCUUAUCAACAUAUUCAUGCCCUCAGCCAAGUACAUUGGUAGAACAAGCUUUGUUGUGUACAGUAACCGGUUUUAUACUUCCAGAGAAGAUAAUUCAUUUAUUGGAACAAAUACGUUCCUAUUUUGAAGAACCAAAAUUGGCUGAUUGGAUAUCUCUGGUUGUGCAUGGCUUUGCUGACAGCCCUGUUUCCUGGAAAGAAAGUGAACAUGGUUUCCUGAAGGGGGGAGAGAAUUUAUACAACUUUGUAAUUUUUAGGAGCUUGGACUACUGGCUUCAAAUGGCAGUUGGAGCAUAUGAUGAUUGUCCUUAAAUAAUUACUAGUGAAGGCAUUGUAUAAUAGGCAUCCUUGUAAAAUUAUAAAAGUGUGACUUUUAAACGUCGGGGUGACAUUUAUUAUCUAUCUGACUUGAAGUCAAACACAAAGGAGAAAAAAAAUUCUUAAUGAUUUUUUUAAAAUUUGUUGUGUGUCUGUGUUAGCAAGGGUUUACCAACAACAGCAAAUUUUAUUUGCGGUCAUAGACCCAACAAAGUAACAAAGGGUUUACCUUACAUUUGAGCUUUGAGUUAGCAGCCACAAAACAUUUUGUGGCACGGUGAAAACAAGCAUGGCUACCAUGGUUUGGUUUAAUAUCCUGGUGUAUGUGAUUUGCUUUGUAAAUAAAAAUG